AUAUUAUAGCAUAAAACGCCCUUCCAACAAACUGAAAGUAGGGAUCUCCGAUAUCACUUCGACAGGAAAGCAGUGAGCAGUAUGGAUGACAUGAUUCAGCUGUUCGUUUCAUCUGGCAGUGACAAGAAAACCACAUUUAAGAUACAUAAAGAUGCAUCGAUUGAAGACCUCCUGAAAAAAAUCUGCGAAUGGAACGGGAUAGAAGCGGCAACCCAACGUGUCAUAUUUGCCGGCAAGGAACUGGCGAUGAGAAAAAAUGGGAAGAAAAUGUAUGUGUCUGAUUAUAAACUCCAGGACAGGUCCACGUUGUUCGUAGUGAUUCGGCUUCCGGGAGGAAAUGAUCCUGACCCACCACUGAAACCUAAACAGCUGGAUGAAGACGUUGAACGUACUGAUCUUCCGGACAUGAUAACCUGGGAUGAUGAUCCAGCUAAUCCACGUGCAAAAACGCCAUGUGGACAUGCCAUUGGUCCAGAGUCAUUGACCGCGUAUUGCAGAAGUUUGAUGUCAGCUGGACAAUGGCAAUUCCACUGUCCGUACACAGAUCGGAAAAAUUCGACAGAAUGUGGUCAGAUAUGGGAAUAUUCCAUAGUCAAACGGCUUGCUGUAUUAACAGAUGACGAAAAGAAGUAUUUUGAAACGAAACUAGCUCAAAACUACAUGCGAAAAUCUGCUGGAAUCCAGAAAUGCCCUAAAUGUACAGUAUUCUGCAUGAGGCAAAAUUGUAACGACAGGAGAGUGUUGUGUCUAUCCUGCAGCAAAAACGGUAAAAGGUACGAGAGUUUUGUUGGUACUGCCUCGAUGAUUGGAAAUCAUCUGGCACCAGUAGCUGUGGAAACACCGCAUGUACCGGUAAAGAUCCUAGGAUUAAGAUCCUGAAAACAGCUCAACGAAAGACCAUAAUCGGACUGGAAGGGUGCCCAUCAAUCCGAGCCUGUCCGAAGUGCGGUAUGGUCAUUCAGCAUACGAAGGCUUGUAAGCAUAUGACAUGCACAUGCGGUCAGCACUUCUGCUUCAUUUGCCUAAUUCCGGCAGGAACUGACGGUUCCUUUCGGUGUGGAGCAUACAACAAACCUUGCAACAUCGCUCCUAUCCAAGAGAAGAUCGACGAAUAUCAAGAGAAGAUCGACGAAGAUCGUAGUGAUCAACCGACCUCAACAGAAUCGUGGUGUACUGUCAUGUAACUGCUAACCGUUAAGCUUUGGAUCGUUUUUGUGAAUGACCAACCUCGCUUUGAGUACUCGUGGCUUUACUAUAAUGGUGUGAUAAUUAUGAAGACAUGUAAGUGUAAAUUGUUCUACAUUUUUGUAUAAUUAACAAGAAAAGUUUAGGAUUUAGAUAUUAUAUAUGCAUCUACCACUGAAUUAAUUGACUCUGAUUACUGCUGUGCUGUGACUUUGUCAAUAAUAAUCGAUGAGCUUUGCGUCGUAUUUGUGCAUGAAUAACCUAGAAUAUAUUACACACAAUGGAAAGUAAUCAUACUGUAAUGUGAUACCAAAUCAGCUUUCUACGUUAUUUCUCUGCGUUUCUUGAACUUGUGAACUAAUCAAACAUCAAACAGGAUAUCACAAUGAGUAAUCGUGGUUUUGCUAUAAUGGUGUAAUAAUCAUGAAGACAUGAAGUUCUAGAACUAUAUCUCAUAUAAUUUUCUUGUAUAAAGGUUCGUAUUUGGCUAUUAAAAUGAACUCAUCCACCAC